UUCUUGCUUUCAAACAAAUUUGUUGGGUAUAUUUUGCUGUUUAGUGUAUUUAUUGCUGUGCAUAUUAGUAGUGUAUUAAUAUAUUAUGACUCCAUUAGUUUUAGUCCAGUCGUAUGGAAAAAAGUCGUGCGCUGACAUAAUAAAAGAAAUUUUGAAAUCUAAUGGAGACGAGUUUGAUGUGACAGUACAGAAGUUUAAAGAACAGGAAAUCGAAACGUACAAAUUAAACAUCAUAACGAAAUACUUCAAAACACAGAUUUCACUUUUUGUAUGUGAAGACUUCAACAAAAUUCGUCCUGAUUUGCUACCUCUUGUUGAAGGAUGCAUAUUUUAUUUUGAUCCGGAUAAUGAAUCGUUUUGUGCUGAUGUAGCUCCCUUAAACAAGUUCAUGGCGGACAAUAACAUCGACACAUCAUGUUUCAUUACAAACAAUGUGUCCGAGAACUUGCUUAUCUAUAAUUUAACAAAACAAUUUAAAUUAUCUAUAAUUGACCUAAACGAACAAUGGGAUGAUGAACAUUGUGGAUAUCAAGAAGUGCUUCAAAUUUUAAGAAACAAAGUUUGGUCUAGUGUCGAUCUUUCUGACAUACGUUGUGAAAAAGAAACUAACAACGCUCUAGAUAACGACUUGAAGGAAGAAUAUUGUAAUGUUGAGCAACAAUUAAAUGAAUUUGAAGAUUUAGUUAAUAGCAUUCAAACUUUUAAAACGUUGUCACAAAAUCUAAGUCGGGAUGAUGUCUUAAAUAAUGCUGAAAUAUUAGCUGAACAGUUUGUAAAAAUGUUGAGUGAAGAUUAAGCUAAUGUAUUUUUAUUUCUACAAAAGAAAUAAAAACGAGCAUAUUGCUUUAUGCAUUUUAUAAAUCUA